CGGCGGGAGCAGGGCGGGGCCUAGGCAUUAGGCGGCGGCGGCUGGCGUGAGGCGGCUUAGAUGCGCCACGGUUUCUGUAGCGACCGAAUCUGCUUUCUGCGCUGAGUGGCGCGUCACCUGCCUCAGGAGACCGUAGCAGUCGGAAGCCUGCUCUACGAUAACCAUGUGCGACCGGAAGGCGGUGAUCAAAAAUGCAGACAUGUCUGAAGAAAUGCAACAGGACUCGGUGGAGUGCGCUACUCAGGCGUUGGAGAAAUACAAUAUAGAGAAGGAUAUUGCGGCCCAUAUCAAGAAGGAGUUUGACAAAAAGUACAACCCCACUUGGCACUGCAUUGUGGGGCGAAACUUCGGUAGUUAUGUGACACAUGAAACCAAACACUUCAUCUACUUCUACCUGGGUCAAGUGGCGAUUCUUCUGUUCAAAUCUGGUUAAAAGCAUGGCCUGUGCCAAACACCCAGUGAUCCAUCCAAAAACAAGGACUGCAGCCUGAAUUCCAAACACCAGAGACUGAAACCUUCAGCCUUGCUAAGGGAAAACCUCGUUUUGAAUCUUUAUUUUGUACAGGGCUUUAUCCUCUGUACUAGUUUAUGGUUAUAAAAUAGUAAAACAGCUUACAUUUGUAUUUAUUUUCUAUUCCAUACUUCUUUGCCCAUUUUUUUUUCCUUAGUCCAUUCCUUUAAAUAAAUCUGUUGGAGAUGUC